UCCUGUUUUCUCAUUGCCACAGGGCAGCUACAUAAUUUCCAAAUGAUCCCAAUGGAGAACAGAACAGAGUUGACUGAGUUCAUUCUUGCGGGGCUUACCAAUGACCCAGAACUGCAGAUCCCGCUCUUCAUAACCUUUUUUCUCAUCUACCUCAUCACUCUGCUUGGGAACCUGGGGAUGAUCCUGUUGAUCCUGAUGGACUCUCGUCUCCACACUCCCAUGUACUUUUUCCUCAGUAACCUCUCUCUGGCCGACUUUGGUUACUCCUCAGCUGUUACUCCUAAGGUAAUGGCAGAGUUUCUCACAGGAGACAAAAUUAUCUCCUACAAUGCUUGUGCCACUCAGUUCUUCUUUUUUGCAGGCUUUAUCACUGUGGAAAGUUUUCUUUUGGCCUCAAUGGCUUAUGAUCGCUACGCAGCAGUGUGCAAACCCCUUCACUAUACCACCACAAUGACAACAGAUGUGUGUGCUUUUCUGGCCAUAGGCUCCUAUGUCUGUGGUUUCCUGAACGCUUCCAUCCACACUGGGAACACUUUCAGGCUCUCCUUCUGCAGGGCCAAUGUGAUUGAUCACUUUUUCUGUGAUGCUCCUCCUCUUCUGGCUCUCUCAUGCUCUGACAGAUACAUCAGUGAGACAGUUAUUUUUUUUGUAGUAGGUUUUAAUGCCCUUUUUUCUCUCCUGGUCAUCUUGAUCUCUUAUUUGUUUAUAUUUACUACUAUCCUGAGAAUGCACUCAUCUGAAGGACGCCAGAAGACCUUUUCCACCUGUACUUCCCACCUCACUGCAGUCUCCAUCUUCUAUGGGACAGUCAUCUUCAUGUACUUACAACCCAGCUCCAUUCAUUCCAUGGAUACAGACAAAAUGGCAUCUGUGUUCUACGCCAUAGUCAUUCCCAUGCUUAACCCUCUGGUCUAUAGUCUUAGGAACAAAGAGGUCAAGAGUGCCUUUCAGAAGGCUGUUGGGAAGGCAAAGUCUUCUAUAGGAUUUAUAUUUUAAUUAUAUAGAAUCCAGGAAGGGACAGGAAGUAGAAAGUUGGACACAGGGAACCCAGGGUGGAAAGAGGGAAAGCACUGGUACAUUGUGGGGAUUACAACCAAUGUCACAAAACAAUAUGUGCAUAAAUUUUUCAAUGAGAAAUUAACUUGAGCUGUAAACUUUCACUAAAGCACAAUAAAAUUUAAUUAAAAAGAGACAAGUAAAGAAAGUCACUUUUCUAAAAAUGUUCACUGUUAUAUUUAAUUUAUGAAUUAUGAUGGUUCACUCUAAAAAUAAAUAUUUUAAAGCCUUGAAAAAAUUAUAUAGACUCCAUCGCAUGUCAGUUUAAUGCAGAUCAGAUAUAUCUAAGGAAA